AUGCCUCGUGGUCAGAAGAGUAAGCUCCGUGCCCGUGAGAAACGCCGCAAGGCCCGAAGUGAGGCCCAGGGUCUCAAUGGUGCUCAGGCCACUGCAGCGGAGAAAGGAGAGUCACCCUCCCCUUCCUCUCCUGUUUUGGGGAAUACUCCCCCCAGCUCCCCUGCUGCUGGCAGUUCCCAGAAGCCUCAGAGAGCUCCACCCACCACCACUGCUGCUGCAGGUGCUUCAUGCACAAGAUCUGAUAGAGGUGCCAAAAGCCAAGGUCAGGAAAAUGCAGGUUCCUCUGAGGCCUCAUCCUCCAUUGAGAGCUCUCAAAAUGAUCCUAUAACCAAGAGGGUAGGAAUGUUGGUGCAGUUCUUUCUGUUCAAGUAUAAAAUAAAAGAGCCCAUUACAGUGGCAGAAAUGCUGAGGGUUGUCAACAGAAGGUACAGGGAGCACUUCCCAGAGAUCCUCAAGAGAGCCUCUGAGCGCCUGGAGCUGGUCUUUGGUCUUGAUCUGAAGAAAAUCAACCCCAACGGUCACUCCUACACCGUUGACACCAAGCUAGACCUCGCCGAGGUUGGAACUCUGAGCAGUAUCUGGGGCUUUUCCGGGAAUGAGCUUUUGAUGCCUCUCCUGGGUGUGAUCUUCUUAAAUGGCAAUUGCGCCACUCAGGAAGAGAUCUGGGAAUUCCUGAAUAUUUUGGGGAUCUAUGAUGGGAAGAGGCACUUCAUCUUUGGGGAGCCCCGAAAGCUCAUCACCCAAGAUCUGGUGCGGGAAAAGUAUCUGGAGUACCAGCAGGUGCCCAACAGUGAUCCUCCACGCUAUCUGUUCCUGUGGGGUCCAAGAGCCCAUGCAGAAACCAGCAAGAUGAAAGUCCUGGAGUUUUUGGCCAAGAUCAAUGAUACCGUCUCCAAUGCCUUCCCAUCCCAAUAUGAGGAAGCUAUGAGAGAUGAGGAAGAGAGAGCCCGAGCCAGAGCUGCAGCCAGGCCUGGCACUUCUGCCAGGGCUAGUGCACAUCCUAGGGCCACAGCCAGCAGCUCGUCCCACCCCUAG